AUGGUCCCGGCCGGAUUAAACCCGUUAACUAAUGACCAAUUGGUUUUGCUACCGCUGCAGGUGCAUGGAUUCGUUUUGAGCACUAGGAGAUGGGCCACGUUUGAUAUUGAUCUCCUUAGCGACCUAGAAUAUGUCGAUGGCUGGAAUAACCUCGUUAUCGAUACCGAUAUCAAAGAGACAGUACUCGCCCUCGUCGAGAACCACUACGUGUUCCAGGACCAUCAAUCUAAGUCCGAUGCAGGCCUUUCGUCCGUGGACUUCAUUCAGGGCAAGGGCACCGGCCUCAUCAUUCUUCUUCACGGUGAACCCGGAGUCGGCAAGAUAAGCACCGCCGAAUGGGUAGCUUCACAUACUAAGCGACCAUUGUUCCCCAUCACCUAUGGAGAUAUCGGAGAUAAGGCUGAGACUGGAAGUGAAUCUGGAAAAGAACUUUCAACUAGCUCACAAAUGGGGAUGUGUGCUGCUACUUGA